AUGGCCACCACCCACUCGGCCCUCCCCCCGCAGCAGGCCUUUGUCAACCCAGGCCACAUGUCGAUAUACGGCCACCCCUCGCCCUCAAAUUCGACCGCCAACACCCCGGCCAACAGCUCGCCCACCUCGCCACAGAUGAGCUCGGCUGGCCUCGUCUAUCCCUCGCAGUCGCGCCAGAUUCGCCCGCCCAAGGCGCCUCUCUACGUCCCCGCUGUGCUUCGCCCGACCGAGCGUCCCUCCAAGUCGUCCUCCUCCAAGGACUCGUCGCCCAUCACCCCGCCGCGCAGUGUUCAUGGCUCGCUCGACAGUCUGAAUGAAGACCCGGCUCCCGUGGCUCGCCAGACCACCUUUCACUCGAUCAAGGCUGCUUCGGACGAGGCCAUCAAGAGCGAGUUUUUGGGAGAGGUAACGGGCGUGCCCACUCGCGAUCACUGGAAGGCUGAUGCUGCUGCUCACACUUGCGACUCGCCCACUUGCCGUUCUUCAUUUGGCAUUUUCACACGCCGUCACCACUGCCGUCAUUGUGGCCAUGUCUUUUGCGCAUCGCACACUCCCUACAUGGUGCCGCUCGACCAGGACGCUCGCUUUCACCCCGAGGGAUCUGCCUCGCGCGCCUGUGAUCAAUGCUUCAAGGCAUACCACCGCUGGGAAGAGACCCGCGCCGCUCGCAUCCAGCAAAAGCUAGACGAGCGCGAAUCUCUCUCGGACUCGGGCGAGGUCGAGCACGACGAGCAAACUCCCGAAACUGCUCAACGCCAGCCUGAAUUCACCAUUGCCACCAGCGUUCCACGUGGCUGGAACUGGAGCACCUUUUAA